AUGAAACAUAUGGCCAUUGAUCAUCUCGAGGAAGAUAUCUGGACCGUGUACCCUCGGCAAAUGGAUCCAGUCCAGGCGCACAUUCCUUGCGUGCUUAACAGGUUCACUACGCUAAGUGAGAUCAACGUGGAUGCGAAUCGACUUGUGUUCGCAAGCGGCCUCGAUUCUCCACGCGAUGAACUGGAAAAUGCCCUUAAAGGUAUCCUGAAACGGCUAGACGACUGGAAGAGCAACCUUCCUACAUGCUUAACCCCGAAAAACCCCACUGUUCCUCAAUCGUUGAGUUUGCAUAUGCUCCAUCACGCAGUGGUGAUCAUGCUUUGGAGCCUUCUCAAGAAGGAAGACAUGAAUAGUGAAAACAACUUCAGGAUAACCCGCGAGGCAGCAAGGAAGGCUACGUGGAUACCGCCUUAG